CGACAUAUGACAACAUAUGAGGAAAGGCGGUGAUCGAGUGUAAACAACAAACUAAGUAAAAGAAACAAAUUAAAUUCACCUAACAGUUUUGUUUGGUGAUGAGAGCAAAUUUUCGAACGUGAAAGUAGUGGAUGUUGUACAAUUUCGUGGUUUUGCAUUUCCAUAGCUGUAUUGUGAUUGACGCCAAGAUUUGAAAGGUGCUAAUUACAGUCUUCAGUAUCAUGCUCUAAUAUGUCGAGUGGAGACGAAUCAGAAGAAAAUGAGCCACAACCACCAUCUAAAAAGAGAAAACAAUGGUUGAAGGGAGGAAAAGUUCCAAGGGAAACUUAUCGACGAUGGAUGGCUCAAGACAGAGAUGAAGGUGAAGUUUCCGACCCAGAUCAAGCAAAUCUUGUGGACGCAGGACAUCAAGCUUUUAAUAAUGACUCCCAAGCAGAUUUAACUGUUGAAGUUCACCAGGAAGUUAUCAAUGAUGACGAUGGAGGCAUGGAUAGUGAAUCAAGUUCACAGUCUAGUAUAGAAACAAAUGGUAGUCCAGAGUUCAGUUCUGAUAGUGGUCAGGAAAAUGUGAACAGCUCAUCUGAAUCUGAUUGUGAAUAUGAUACUAGACCUAUGAACAUUCCAUUGUUCCCAGGAUCGAAGAACACAAAGGGUGAGGCUGUAUCCCAGCUGCUAGAUUUGUGCUGCAAGCACACUGUUUCUAAAGCAUUACUUAAUGAUUUAGUGGUGUAUACUCACAAUUUACUACCAAGACACAAUACUUUUCCACCAACUCCUUAUUUCUUUGAGAAAGAAAUUGGCCCUUUUAUACCACCUGAUUUAUGUGUGCCUCAUUUCUGCUGUGAGAAUUGUGGGGCAUACCUUGGAACGACCGAAGAAAGACAGAAUAAUUGUGUAUGUACUACAGAGACAGUUGAAAAGCAAUUUUAUGAGUUUCCCUUGACAACUCAGAUAAAGUACCUCUUUGAAGAGAGGAACUUAGCAGAUGCUAUGGAUUCCUACAAAACUAAAGCAGGAAAUUGUUCUGAUAUUUGUACAGCUGAGGAAUAUUUGACAGUGAGAUCCAAGUUCAAUGGCAAGUAUGAUGUUAUUUUACUCACUAAUGCUGAUGGUUUAUCUCCACAUAAAAACUCAUGUGAAGAAAUAUGGGCCCUCACAUACACCAUUUGUGAGGUUCCACCAAGCCUCAGAAAAGUUUUCACUAUGGUAACCCAAAUUUGGUAUGGAAAAAAAAAGCCAUACAUGAAUGGUUUCAUGGUGCCAUUUGCCAAGAGUACUGCAGAUUUGUGUAAAAAAGGGGUUGUGUGGACCCAUCCGAAAACCAAGGUGGUUCAUACCACCAGAGGAACUGCCCCUGCUUACACUCUAGAUGCCCCUGCAAGAGCUAUGCUGCAGAAUAUCACCUCUCACAGUGGAGCCUACAGUUGUAAUAUUUGUGAAAUUGAAGGUGAGCGAAUCAAGCAUGGCAAAGGGACGAAAACGAUCUUUCCAUAUAUUGAAGAUGAAGAUUUAGUUUUAAGAGACAAAGAUGUUAUGGAUACUCAACAAAAUUCAGUGCUCACAGAUGGUAUUGUUUGCAAAGGUGUAAGAGGUGAUUCCAUUUUGAACUCAAUUCCAUACUGCAACAGAGGAAAUGCGCUCAUUUAUGAUUACAUGCACUUAGUCCUUCUUGGGGUGACUCGUCAGUUUUUCCAGAUGUGGAUAAAAGGUGAGAAAAAUGGAUUGCCAACAAAAAAAGGUCAUAAGCCACCUUGGUAUAUUGGCAGUAAAUCAAAGACUAUUGACAGAUUUCUGAUUUCUAUCCAAAGAAUCUAUGAAUUUACAAGGUUCCCCAAGUAUACUGCGAAAUUCAAGGCUAACAAGGCAUCUGCGUGGCUUGUGUGGCUUUUGUUUGUGUCUGUUCCUGCAUUGCACAACAAUUUACGUGAAGAGUACUUCCAGCAUUGGCUACUUCUUGUCAUUGCUAUGAACUUGCUCCUGCAAGAAGUGAUUCCUCAAGAUGAUAUUGAAAUGGCCAGGCUGCUUCUCUCUGUGUUUGCAGAAGAGGCCCAAAACUUGUAUGGCAAAGAAGCAAUGACGUAUAAUGUGCAUGGACUUCAACACAUGGCCCUUAUGGUGAAGAGAUGGGGCGGCCUCUGGGCUACUUCUACGUUUCUCUUUGAAGGUUACAACGGUGUCAUAGUAAGAAAUUUGCAUGGCACCAUUCACAUAUCUCAAGAAUUUGGAAAUGUCUUCGGAAGGCACAUUGCAAAUGUCACUUUAAAAAAUGUGCUCUCAACUGAAGAUGAAGAAUGUAGAUCAAGACCACUUGUCAAGGGCAAAGUGUUUUAUUCUGACUUGAGUGAGCAAGAACUUGAACUUCUACAUCAGCUUUUCCCUGCUGCUCAGCGAAGAGUUCCUUUGUAUGGAAGAGUUCAGAUGGGGAAAACAAUAUAUACAUCCAUCAGUUACACUGCAGAGAGAGCAACAAACAAUAAAAGUGUCUGCUUUAAUAGAAAUAAAAAAAACAUUAUUUGGUGUUAUUAAAUAUUUUUAUGAGAGUGAAGGAGUUGUAGUUGCCUUUGUUAAUGU